AUGAGGAACGAGGAGAAGGAGCAGAUCAAAGGACUCAACAAUCAGUUUGUCAACUUCAUAGACAAGGUACGGGAGCUGGAGAGGCAGAACAAGAUCCUGAAGACUCAGCUGAAGCUGCUGAAGGACAAAGACAGCUACAAGUCCAACAUUGACCAGAUGACGUCGGCGUCGAGCAACCACCUGAAGCAGCAGAUAGACGCAUUGCUGCAUGAGAAGGACAAGCUACAGGCCGAGCUGCAGAACAUGCAGGCUGUGGUGGAGGAGCUGAAGAGCCGAUAUGAAGAUGAGAUUAACAGAAGGAACCAAUUAGAAAACGAUUUUGUAUUGACCAAGAAGGAUCUCGAUGACACUUACCUGAACAAGGUGGACAAUGAGUCUAAGCUGGACAGUCUGACGGAUGAAAUUGAAUAUCUAAAGCAGGUCUAUAAGGAGGAAAUAAACGAGCUCCAGUCCCAGGUGCACAAUGACAAGGUGACCGUGGAGCUGGACAACAACCGAGACCUGGAGAUGAAGCACAUCAUGGAUGAUGUCCGGGCCCAGUACCAGACCAUGGCGGAGAAGAGCCGCCAGGAGGCCGAGCACUGGUACAAGAGCAAGAUUGAUGACAUGAUGAAUCAAUCUAAACGCACCAAUGAUGAGCUGAAGGCGCUGAAGAACGAGCUGGCGGAUUUACACCGCAUGAUACAACGCGUCAACAGUGACAAUGAGGCCCUGAAAAAUCAGCGUGCAAAUCUAGAGCACUCCAUCAGCCUGGCCGAGGACAAUGGCGAGCAGGCCAUCCAGAACGCCAAGUCCCACGCUCAGGACCUGGAAGAGGCUCUCAGGAGGGCGAAGCAGGACAUGACCCGCAAGGUGCGAGAGUACCAGGACCUGAUGAACACCAAGCUGGCUCUGGACAUCGAAAUCGCCACCUACCGCAAACUGCUGGAGGGAGAGGAGACCAGGUGA